ACUAAAAAUCUAAUUCCUGCAAGAACUAGAAUCCUAAUCUCUUGCUUCUUCUUCUUCUUCUUCUUCUUCUUCUUCUUCAAUCCAUUGCAGAAUCCCUCUGAUAGAGGGGGAAGAGAUGAAGCGACCACUUGACGCCGACGAAGAUCCGGCGGUGGAUACCGAGAAGAAGAAGAAAAGGAAGGGAGAUUUGGAAGAGGAGGAGAGUCAGGAGACGGGUUUUGUGCAUCUGGAUGAGGAUCUUCUGUUUGAGGUGCUCAAGCACGUUGACGCGCGUUCACUCGCCACCGCUUCCUGUGUUAACAAACAGUGGUACAAGACUGCGCAAGACGAGAGGUUGUGGGAGAUGAUCUGUACCCGUCACUGGGCCAAUACCGGCUGCGGCACUCAACAGCUCCGUUCUGUCGUUUUAGCUCUUGGUGGUUUCCGUCGACUCCACUCUCACUGCCUCUGGCCUCUCCUUAAGCCCCCUUCGCUACCGUCGCCUUCGCCUUUGCCCUCUUCAUCAGCAUCAUCGUCGUCCUCACCAUCUUCUUCUUCUACUUCGUCUUUUCCUCCUGCGUUGCCUUCUCCAGUUCUGCCAUCGAAGUCACCGAUCCACUGGGGAAAGGACGAGGUUCAACUCUCCCUCUCUCUCCUCUCUAUUCGCUAUUUCGAGAAGAUGAAUGUCAACAACAGAGGAAGCCGAUGACCGAUGAACUCCAGUUAUCCUCCUUUUUGACUUUGCUUCUCUUAAUCCCUGCCUAAUCUUAUUUUAAUUUUACUUCUAGCUAAGGGUUUUUUUUAACGGAUCUGUAAAAUCCUAAGAAAUAUGUUGUGAUGUUAUCGUGUUUGCAGUUCUUUUUGUGUUUCUUCUCUGUUACUUCCAGGGAUUGAUGGAUGUUGUUGUUGUAUACAUGAAUCAGAGUCAAUUUUCUUUCUUUUUUAA